CCCUGAUGAACUCAGUUGACAGUUCUGUCUGUAGAAAAACUAGAUUCAAGAUGUCAUUAAUAAACUCCGUUUGAUAUAGAAGUGCAUUUGUUUAGUUUAGGUUCUUCAGUUAUUUGUUUCCAAUCAUGACCAACACAUCACUGUAAUUUUAACAUUGAUCAUUCAUGAUUUCAUCGGGAAGUGAUUAAACAUAUUUUAUAUUAUCGAAUAUUGGAAGUUCGUAAAAGUUAAUAUGGCAGACAGUAAAUUACUGAACACUUCGACUUCUGGUAGUCCUCCUCCGAAUUGUGCAAUUUGCUUAGGGUCAUGUUCCAAUAAAUGUUUUUCGGAUACCUGUAUGCACCAAUUUUGCUUCAAUUGCCUUCUACAAUGGUCAAAAAUUAAAGCAGAAUGCCCAUUAUGUAAGCAGCCCUUCAAAUCCAUCAUCCAUAAUGUCAAAUCUAAUGAAGAAUAUGAGGAACAUAUUGUUGAACAGCCAAGACCUGUUCAUAUUCUGGACAAUGAACAGUUUCAUUUGAUUCUACCACACAGCCCUCCACCACCUUCAAGGCACCAUAGAUUCCAUUUUAGAACCACAUUCACCGUCAAUACACAUGGUGAAAAUGCUAUUCAACAAAUGCUCAUGAGCCACUCCCUCACUAAUGGAAUCACUAUUUCUAAUUAUUUACCCCAUUCAGGCCAUUAUUCUCCAAGACCUAGGAGGAGGGCCAGAGCCACCACUACCAGUUUCAGAAGAUCUAUUUAUGACUCUAAUUUGUGGUCCAGCAUGCAUUCAGAUCCGAUGAGUAUGACAGUGAGAUACCGGCAGAUUACACCAGAUUUUUUCAGGGCAAAUCCAGCUAGCAGGGGUCGCUUAGUUCCUUGGUUAAACCGCGAACUGAACGCUCUACUUCGUGAAAACACUCAACAGGUGAUGGAACUAGUUGAUAGGAUAAUGGAUUAUCUUCUGAGGUACCAUAUCUGCAGUGGUCCUUUCAGAAAUUUGUUGAGAUCCGCUCUAGGCAAUAGAACAGACCAUUUUGUGCAUGAAUUCUAUAAUUUCAUGCGUUCCCCCUUUGACAUGGUGGGGUACGAUAGGCAUGUCAACUAUUAUGAGAGACCAACUACUCCAACUCCAUUUAUCGAUGUCUCUGAGGAUGACAGUAGUGACGUUAUGAUUGUUGAAGAGAAUCCUGAAGUUAUUGAAGUCCAUAGUAGUGAUUCUGAUGAUGACGUUAUCAUGACAUCUAGCUUUGUGCCGAAACCCAGGUUAUUAACAGAUGGACUUAUGUCACAGAAGUCCAGACGUGUAUCUGUAUCAUCAUCUUCAAGUGAUGAAGAACAACAAAGAGAAGAAGAGAGGCCAAGGAAACGCAAUCUUAAGAGGUCAAGACGAGAAAGUGAAAACAGGCAAACGUCAAGGGAUCUGGACAACGAUUCCAACGAUGAAGAUUCAAGCAGCAGCGUACUUGAUGAUGUACCUUUAGCCAAAUAUAUGAGGAUCAAAGCAUCUAUUGGGAAGAAACUCUUGAAGAAAAGUGGAGCUCUGGCAAAAGCUUUGUCUAAAGAUGGUUCUAAGGAGAGGAAACGGAGGAGGAGCCGCUCAAAGAAAGGGAGUUCUAAAAAACCUAGAACAUCGGAGGCUUCUUCUAGUUUCUCAUCCAGAGCCCACUGUUCGAAGUAUCAACCUAGAAAAAGAGACACAAGUUCUAGUUCUAGCAGUAGAUCAAGUAGUUCUUCGUCCAGUCAUGACAAUGAAUUGAGGAGUAAAAAAAACCGAAGGAGAUCUUGUAGUAGCUCCAGAAGCCAAACAAUGACCCCACCAUAUCCAGAACCCGCAAUACAAAUGGCUGUGAACAACACUGUAAUGGCUUCUCCGUGCUACGAUAGAACGUUGUCCAAUAGAAUACACGGGGAUUAUGCGUCAAUGUUUAGAAGUAGUUCUGCAUCACCUGGAGAGGGUCCAUCCGGCGUGAUCCCACCUUAUGUCCCAGUAGCACGAGAACAUUCGUCCCAGUCCGCAAUCGAUACCAGCAUUCAAACUCAGAGUCUGGAACCGGAAACCCCACAAAUGUUCAGUUGGAAAGACCACGAAAGUUUAGCCAGUAAAAGGGAAAAAUCCAGAAGGGAGGUGAUGAUUCGUUAUAGGCAACACUUGAUGGGACAACAGCAUAAUUCACAUCACUCUUCGAACAACGCCGCAUCUUCCUCAUCUUCAUCCUCCUCCAGUGUCUACAUUCCGCGUAACGAUAAAAACUAUCAGCCUCCUUCGUUUUAUAACAGCAGAAGCUCUCCGGAUCUGAUUGAUCUAUCUGUCACUUCCAGAAUCAAACACGACAGUCCUCUGACAGUGGCCUGCGUUCCACCAGAGAUUCGUGCUAGGUACAGAGCAUCACCGUCUAGACAAAGAUUUUACAGUCCUUGCAUUGCUGAAGCUAUGGAGAAUAACAGUCGACUUCAAAAUUCCCUUCUUCCUUCUACUAGCUACGCCCCUUAUAAUUAUGAAAGUGUAUCCAACACCGUUUUUAAGAGUGAACCGUCGUACUCCGAAUAUCAAUCGGAGGGAUCCACUAAAUAUUGGACUGAUUUAUCCACCCACUCUCAUACGAAUUCGAACGAUUCUUCCUAUAAUUAUGAGAGCCAGCAGCCCAGAAAGUCUGUCAUACAAAAUUCACGUGAUAAUUCAGUUCCUCCUCAGAAUGAGAUAAUUUCACCGCGAUGGUCUAGUUCGAAUUCUCCCUCUUAUCCUUGUUGUCCCGAGACUUGGUCAGAUAAUUCCGAUUGAAAUUAGUCGAAUUAAACAAUCUUAUAUCCAUUUGGACGAUGAUAUGAGGACUUAAAUUGGCAAAUUUUAUAAUUGUCAGGGAUAUUAGUAUUCUACAGAAUAAUUAUCUAUAUCGAUUUUUUCUUGCAUAUAAAUCAACUCAUGAAUUGAGAGGGUUUGUUCAUACAUUCAAUUUAUUGGAAAUUAGUUUAUUUCCUCUGCGUGAUAAUCUCCCCGAUGUAGACAUGAGAGAAUCAAAUGAAAUGUCUGAUGAUAUAAGUAUGAACACAUUCUACUAAGUGAACCAUUCGAUUGGACAAAUAAUUUGCUUAAUUUUGUUUGAAUCGGUCUAAUCUCUCUUCGAACCAGAACUGAGUAUUAAUAAUUUUCAACUGAUGACAGUUAUUAUGUUUCUAAUUUUGUGCAGACGAUUUUUAUAAUAUUUAUACUUUUUUUCUGUAAAUCAUAAUUGUAAUAUAUGAAUUAUUGAUUGAA